UUACAGCGGCGGUGACUGUUUAGCAGGCUGUUUGGCACAUAAGAUGACACACCGGUUUAUUUCGGUCGAGCGGUGUAAACAAGUCUGUGUAGGAGCUUCUUUCAUGGUUGAUGCGUGAAUUUGCGAAAUCAUGACUCCCGAUAGUGUGGGGCGUAAAAAGUUGCCCAAAUGAGUGGCAGGAAAGGUCACGCCGCCCCUCGUGCGCAACAUCACUCUGGAAGCAGUGCCAGAAUUUGCAUGAAGCCUGGUUUUCUACAUCAGCUUGACUGAAUCAAGCACUUGCUGUCAUUAGGCUUUGUUACACACUGACAUGGUUUCAUAUGUUUGAGUUCAUGGGGGUGGCAGGGGAGAGAUGGGAGGAUUUCAGUGUUUGAUGACUUCCAGGGGCAAACAAAUGUAGGUGUACAUAAGUUUUCCAUUCGUUGCAAUAGAUUAGGCCCACACAUUUGCCACAUGCCACAAGAAAAGUGUCCAUCAGAAAAUAAACUUGGGGAUCCAUUCAUGUGUGUUCGAGAAGAUAAGGUUAUCUGCUGGCAGCAUUGACUGACGAUGAGUCGAGCAGGACAGCAGUUAGAAGACAAUAGAAUAAAUACGUGAGAAGCAGUUGGUAAUUGUAUUUUUACAGUUUGACCCACCAACUGUAAUUAUUUUUAUUAGGCCGUUGCUUUUUAUCCCAGAAACACAUCUUGGAUCAUUUGGAAUAUGACACCAGAGUGCUGUCAAAGUUAACUAUUCUCAAGUUUUAUUUACUUCCUUUUUCUGUCCUUUCCGAUAUAUUUUUACAUUUUCUGGCUUAAUUAAGUGUGCUUCUUUCAAUUGGGUAAAGCUUCAUGCGUCUACGUACUACUACUGAACAGAAAAGACCUGUUUGUUUUAUGCUGUGUUCAAGUCAUAUCGUUGAGUAAUAACAAGAAGCUGAGUGGGAAAAACCGUUCACCUCAGCCUCCGACUUGUUGUGUGACAUACAUACAUAAAUGAGGUAGUAGUGAGCAAUAAUGUACUUUUGUUAUGAUGUUUUACUACUAGAUUGAAAAUGCUGUUGGUUCCACACAAACAGUUGGUUUGAUAUGAAAUCGGCCUCUUGGGACAGCCUGUACUAUUACCGUGUGGUCACUGGUUUUUAUUAAUUUCCUGUGGUUCUGAUUGACUGAUCAUUGUUGAACAGGUUAUUGGGUUAUCGCAAUUUAUCACUCACAAAAUAUGAUUUAUUUUUGUUAGUGUGUCGGCAGGCGUGGCCUGUUGAGAGUCAUUUGAGUCUUUGUGUUGUUUGUCCACUAACAUGACAACCGAUCCAUGGGUGACAGGUCUGUUUAGAGUGAGAAGCUGACCAGAGGUUGCUGGUGCUGUGCAGCUUUUACUUAAAAAACGAAUCCAAAAUAAACAUUUGAAAUAUAGAGAACGGUGUUUCGUAUUGUUGGGGUUUAUGGCAAAUUAUAAUUUCCAGGAGUUGGUUCAUGUUGGGAGUGCCAGCACCAGUGAAGUAGCUAAUAAUGUUGUGUUCAAAUGGUUUGUUUGAUGGUGCUGUAGUAGGAGAUUGAUUGAAAAGUAGAGGGAGUAUUCAGUUGACUGUCAUUCUGUUUUCGUAUUGUUGUGACUUGCGAAUUUGAUGCAUAGAUUGUUGUGACAGUUGUGGAUUAAGUGAGAGAGAAGUUAUCAAAAAUGUAGUAUAUGUAUCAAUAGACUCUUGUAUGUAUUAUUAUUCUUUGGUCAUUUGCUGUCUUUAUAGUUCUAGAGAUAAAAAAAUCCAUGAUUUGGAAUGAAGAUGUUAGGGAGUCAAGGAGAUGGAUCCUGGAAGCUGAAAGGCUUUGGGAUGAGCAUUGACCACCGGGGGUGCAUGAGAUAGGAGAUCAUAUUGGAUGGGUAUUGAAAUUCUAAAACCACUUGAAAGUGAGAAAGAAUGGAUUAUUCAAUACUCAGUAUUCAGUCUAUAAGCGCAACAGGCUGUACCCUGUGCUCCAGUGGGUGUGUUCCUAAAAUGCACUGUCACACUGAUUUAUUCUAUGCUUUAUUGAUCUAUCCGCAGUCUAGGCCACUGUUCUCUUUCUUAGUGAAGAAUUGGGUUAACUAGAGAGUUGUGUUGAACAGAUAUGGUGACAUCAAACAAUCUAUAAGUAAUGUGUGAAAGCUUUUUUUGCAAAAGCAUGAAUAAAGGUCAGGCUUUGUGCUGACUUUUUAAAAUGCAAUGAGGCAGCGGAAGCACCACGGAUGAACGAUGUUAAUUCUACAACAUGGUUGAGAAAACACCAACUUGGGGUCAGUUGCUGUUUGGAGGUGCUCAGCCUUUACAUGCUGAAGGACAUUCAACACUUAAACAUAGCUGUACACAUUAGAAGAACAGCAUUAUCUAUAGGGAGCCUGACCUCCUGUUUUAAAAAAUGUAUAGAUAGUAUUGAAAGAGAGAGGGUGAGUUGUUUUCCAUUCUCUUCGAUACUUUUCUGUUUAUUUGUUUACAGGCAACAUUCAAGGUUCAAGGGUCAUAUGUCAUUCUACAACACAGGUUUGUACAUGGAAAUGCCAGCUAUAGUCCCUUUAUGCUAGAAACUAAAAGUGGAGAGUGGAGGAUAAACUCAGUAGUCUCACAGCCCAAAGAACGAACCAAAUCUGUUAGCCUGGUGAUAUGGCAGUGGAUACUUCUGUAUUUCUUGCUGGACGGCAGCAGGAUGAACAGGCUGUUGAUGGCUGGGUAUAGUCUGACAUCUAUUGUCAUUAUUGUAUUGAAAAGCAUUCUCCUAAAGUGAUUCUGCACCCAAAAUCUGCCUUUAGAGCAUAAGAUUCUCAAAAAUCCUUCUAUUGACUGAUAUAGUUCACCACAGGAAUAUGAUUCAAGCCUCUUUACAGGAUGCUUGUUAAGUCUUUCACUAACAUAUUGUGGUGACAGUUUACUAUAUUUAAAAAAAACAAUACUGUGGACUUAACUGUGGUGGCUUAACAUUUUGUAGGAUGUCAUAUUUUAAAAACAUAUCGUGCAAAAAUGACAUUAGCUUGAAAUGUGGUUAAAAGUUUGUAUUUUUGGUCAUGAAGAAGAAUGACUGUAGUUUACUUGAAUUUUGUUGGUUACAAUAGAUUAUAAAGUGUUUUAAGUGAUUUCGUCACUGUCCUCGUUGAUGCUGGUUACAUACAAUCAUGGAUUUCCGACGAAAGGCAUUGCUUCAGUGUUUCUCUGCUGGAAACCACGAAAAAACAUUACAAUGUCACACUCCAUUCGUCACCGGGACUAUAGUAUCAGGGGGAUUGUUGCACCACAAUACUAGCUGUCAUUAGCUAUUUAGCGGUCCUAUUAGCUGACUCUACCCUGACUGGGAGCUUGAAGGACAGAGGGAAGUUUGUUUAAACGACUAGUUUAGGAGCUAGCACAGGAAAAUGAACACCGGAACCGGAACUGGACGAGUGUGCAACGGGACCAGGUUCACAGCCUCUGAGACUGACAAGGGCCAGGUGAUUUACAGCAGCUCCAAACAGGACUCCAGGGAGGACAAAGACACAGCGGGUUCAGGCAGGGACGGGAGAGGCAUGAAUUGGGAGAGGAGCGAGUCUGUAGUGGAGCGGAUCGUGGACAAGAGGCGGAACAAGAAGGGUAAAUGGGAGUACCUGAUAAGGUGGAAAGGUUAUGGAAGUAAGGAAGACACGUGGGAGCCAGAGCAUCACCUACUACACUGUGAGGAAUUCAUUGACCAGUUCAAUAGCUUGAGACUUCAAUCACACAAACGGCCCAAAGUUCCAAAAAGUCGCCAAGAGCCCCUCAUCACUAGCCGUCCAUCUGCUACUGAAAACUCCAGAGCUAGGUCUGAGGCCCGAAAGAAGAAAAGGACUUGUGGCCCAGCUGUUGGGGUUAGAGUAGGAGCUGUUCUAGGGAUUGGAAGUGGAGGGUCAGGACCCACUCAGAAGCAGAGGAAGGUGGGUGUAGGACCUGGGAAACAUGCUUUAGGAAUUAGCAAAGCCAUGACGUACAAGGCACCUCCACAGGGGGGGCCUCACUUUGUUCCUCCAGUGAGGGUUCCUCAUAAUGGACUCCAGAAUGGAGAGAUGGAGCCUCUCGUGUACAGGACUGCAGCAAGGUCUCACAGGCUGCCUUUGGACAGACUGGAUGGAGAACUAGCAGACAUGGAUACUACUGGACAGCAAUUCACCACUGAGCUAGGCUCACCUCUGGCCAAUGGCAAGAUGCAUCUACACAGCUCAGUAAAACGCAAGUUGGCUGAGGAGAAAGGCUACGUGUUCGACAAGCGGCUCAGGUAUAAUGUGCGACAGAACGAGACUAACUGUCGGUUCCGAGACAUUGUGGUCAGGAAGGAGGAGGGCUUCACACACGUCCUGCUCUCCAGCCAAACAACAGACAACAACGCUCUGACACCAGAGAUCAUGAAGGAAGUUUGUCGAGCUCUGGGUAAUGCAGCUGCUGAUGACAGCAAAUUAUUAUUGCUCAGCUCCGUGGGGACUGUUUUCUGCAGUGGACUGGAGCCGUCGUACCUGAUAGGGCGUCUGUCCACUGACCGCAGAAAAGAGAGCAGCCGCAUCGCAGAUGCAGUACGGGACUUUGUAUUGGCAUUCAUCCACUUCAAGAAACCCAUUGUGUUAGCAAUAAACGGGCCUGCUCUGGGCUUAGGGGCCUCCAUCCUGCCACUGUGUGAUGUGGUGUGGGCCAGUGAGAGGGCCUGGUUCCAAACUCCAUGUGCAGCCCUCCACCUCACCCCCUCUGGAUGCUCUUCUUACACCUUCCCCCAAAUCCUAGGCGUAGCUCUGGCCAACGAGAUGCUGUUCUGUGGAAGAAAACUCACAGCCCAAGAAGCAUGCAGCCGAGGUCUGGUGUCCCAGGUCUUCUGGCCAACCACAUUUAACCAAGAGGUGAUGCUGCGUGUGAAGGAAAUGGCGUCAUGCAACGCAGUGGUUUUAGAAGAAUCCAAAUGCCUGGUGAGGAGUAUUCUCAUGUCAGUCCUGGAGGAAGUCAAUGAGAAAGAGUGCCAGAUGCUGAAGCAGCUGUGGUGUUCAACCAAAGGACUAGAGGCACUCUUCAGUUACCUGCACAACAAGACGUAUGAGAAGUGAUGAAAGGUUCAAAGGUUAUCUACAGAGAGACAUCCAAACUGAAGGAAUAGUUGCAUAAAGGGUCUUUGUUUCCAUCCAUCAGCAGAGGGGAUUUUCUGGAGUUCUGUUUUCUCACAACAAUUAAAGUAUUUUUUAUUUUUUUUAAUGAAUGAAUAACUGUCCAGAUGUUUAUUCUUUAGCAGUCAAAGAGCAAAGGGCCAAAUGUGCAUUGCUUAAAUACACACUGAAGGAGGUUCUUCAGGGAGGUACAGAGUGUUACUGUACAUAUGUGAGACUUAUGCGUUUAUGAAAUCAUCAGGAUGUAUGUAUGUAUCAUUGUAUGUCUGAUAACACAUGAUACAUUGACAAUAAUAUAUAUAAAUAUAUAUUUAUUUCAAGUGUGUAAAAGAGUUGCUUUCUGUAUAUGUCUGUAUAUAAGAUGCAUUUUCAAGAUUUUCUUUGGUUGCUAGUUUUUUGAGUUGAAGUGUAAACCAAAGUUUGCAUGAGGACACCGUUUCUUGCUUCUUACAUGCACAUUCCAUCCUCUCUAUAUGGACUGAAGAAAACUGUUAGAAAAUUGGCCACAAAUGCUCAUAUAUGUCAAUGAAACAGACUGAGUGACUGUUCAAGACAUAUAAUCUUAUUAGUUACCAUUAAAGAUCCUGAUACACUCUGGAUAGAAUAAAACUGUUGUUUUUUUUGCAUCAAAUAAUUCAUUGUUCAUACUGUAAAAGUCUUUAUUACAAAGAACAGAUGUCUUGUUUUCCAGUAACUUGUCAUCAUUAUCGUAAUCACAAAGAAAUUCCUUCCAUUACAUGAAAUCAAGAUUAAUGUCCAUGUACUAAUGAGACCGUCAGAUGAUAGUACGUGAAAUGUCAUCCUCAGACUGCCAACAUCCAUCUGGCUUUAGUUAUUUCUACCUGCUACAAAACAGAUAUGACAAGUUUCAUUUAGUCUCAGUUUUUCUUUUAAGGCAGACUUGUUUGAAUUGAAAUUUUCAGAAAAUAAGUGGAAAUGGGGAACACUGGAAGUCUUGUGUGAAUGCUAGCCCUGAACGUACAAAUGUGUCCGUUGUUAAUCAAACGGCACUUAGGCUAGGGAGUACAAAAUGACUGGAUGAUUAAAUUAAUUGGUGGCACAUAUCACAUGGAAGGAUUAGCAAUGAAUUUUGUCUCAUUUUGUUUGAGAUACAUAUAGUGAGUAGCCUUACAUGCAGUACUGUUGUGGUUCAUAUGUAUAACAUGGCUUCCAGUUACCAGUGCAGAUAGUUACUGUGUGAAAUGCGUGAUUGUUUUAUGAAAAGCAUCAGAUAAUCAUGUUGAUAUUACCUGACAGUUAUUUUUAGUUGUGUAUAUUUUAAAGCACACAAAAAGACAUUGCUUGGUCCUCAAAUAAUCACAUUGUGACUACACUCAUUGUCAGUGAUCAAUAUUGUGGAAAUGCAACAGUCGUGUAGUUGGAGUCAGCUUUGUCCUUAUCUGCAUGUGAUGAUUUAAGAUUUUAAGAUAUUUUACAUUGCAAUGUGUACUAUACUUAGGGAUCUAUUUUGUUUUACCAAAAAAAUGUAGGUCUGUGAAGAUUGUUUUGUAAAUUUCAGAAGAUAUCUGUAUAAUUUUUGCAGUUGUACACAUGCAGUACAGAAUAAUAUAUAGAUAAUAUAGACUGUUUUGUGUAACUAAUUGCAUGUAAUAUACUGUACAUAUUAAUGUGUUGCCUGUCUGAAUACCUUGUAUUCCAGGGUAUGUUUUGUACCAACAUUGUAAGUAUUGUUAGAAAUGGUGCAGUUUAUUUUUGUAUUUAUUUGAGAUAACUGUUUGGAUGUGCAGUGCCAUGUGGUCUCCUUUGCUCCAGAAGCACCCCGACUCUCUUAAUCACCCUUUCUAAAUUAUACUAUAAAAACUUUGAUUAACAAAUGGGUCAGGAAAGCAGAUAAUUUAUACAUAUAUAAUUUCAAAGCCAAAAUGUGCAAACACUAUUGUUGAACCUGAAUGUUUACUUUUUUAGUUGACAUUAUCAAAUUAAGUAUUUUGUGGUAAGUUAUCAAAGGUGUGUCAGAUAAUUUAAUAUAUAUUAUGUUUUACUGAGCUUUACAAGUAUGGAAAGAUGAUCAAUAAAAUGACCUUUAUUGUA